AUGUCUUUCACUCAAGUUGAACAAAUAUCCAAGACAAUUGAUAAAAUCAGUCUUGCUAAUGAUAAUGGUGGAACAGAAAAUAAAGUCCUCGUCGAUCUUAAAAACAUCAAUGGCUACAACCCUGGUUUCCAAGACUCAUACCCACGUGAAAGUGUUCCCGAACACACCAGGAAUAGAUUGGAAAAGUACGGUAUUGACCUAUCAAGAGGCUAUCCAGAGAGACCAGAAAACAUCCCAUACUAUUUAGACGAAGGCUAUGCAGUUAGAAACAGGCCUAAUCCAAAUUAUGUCGAAAGAGGUAAGAAUGCAGACCCUGAAAAGAAAGCAUUGUUUUCAGCAGCCAAGGAAGUUAAGAAUUUAUCUACUUUCAUCGGUACUGAAUUAGUGGGUGUUCAAUUGAAUGAUUUGAAUGAAAAACAAUUAGAUGAAUUGGCAUUAUUAAUCGCUGAGCGCGUGGUAGUUGUCUUCAGGAAUCAAGAUUUAUCGCCACAAAAACAUAGAGACAUUGGACAAUAUUACGGUGAGGUUGAAGUUCACCCACUAGUUACUCAUGUUCCUGGUCUUCCUGGCAUCACCACCGUCUGGGCCGAGUUUAACCGUGGAGGUCCAUUGCUCAAAUACAAGAAAGGUUUGCAUCAAGGAUGGCAUACCGAUUUGGUUCACGAGUUUUCCCCAGCAGGAAUUACUCAUUUGCACUUAGAUUCUAUCCCGGUAGUCGGAGGAGACACUUCUUUUGCUUCUGGAUAUGCUGCCUUUGAUAAACUUUCUAAACCAUUACAACAAUUUUUGGAAGGAAAAUUUGCCCUCAAUAAGUCAGCACACAAUUAUUACAAUCGUGACAAUAUCUUGGGCGGUGUUGAGCCUAUUGUUAGAAAGCACCCGCUAGUCAUUACCCAUCCAGCAACAGGUUGGAAAAGUUUGUUUGUUAACAGAGCACAUACUAUUGGUAUUGUUGGUUUAGAAGAGUCCGAAUCUAAGGUGAUUCUAGAGUACUUGUUUGAUAUUUAUGAGAAAAGUUUAGAUAACCAAGUGCGAAUCAGUUGGCAACCAACUACACUGGGAUUAGGAACUUCGGUGAUUUGGGACAAUAGAAUCAGUCAGCAUAUUGCUAUUCCAGACUAUAAUGACGAAAUCACUGGUAAAAUCAGACAUGCCAACAGAGUUACUAGCUUGGGUAAUGUUCCAGAAUUUGACACAAAUUCAAAGAGUCAACGAGAAGCGUUGGGUCUAUCAAUUUAA